GCCACAACUCUUCGCAGCGACCACAAGCCGAACAAAGAGCGACUGCCUCUCCAUAUUUGCCCGCUCUACCCCUCUUCAUUUGAUCCAGCCCUUGACAGGGCCGAACCUAACGAUGAACCGCAACGCGCUUUCUAGUCUUCUCGGCGGGGGUCACGCUCGCGGCGUGGAGGAAAUCGUUCUGCCAGACAAUGGCGAGACUGUCCACAUCUCCUCUUUGGCUCUCCUGAAGAUGCUCAAGCACGGCCGGGCAGGCGUUCCCAUGGAGGUCAUGGGCCUGAUGCUUGGCGAGUUUGUGGACGAGUACACUAUUUCCUGCGUCGACGUCUUCGCAAUGCCGCAGUCCGGAACAACGGUGACUGUCGAGUCCGUCGACCACGUCUUCCAGACGAAGAUGUUGGAAAUGCUCAAGCAGACUGGCCGCCCCGAAAUGGUCGUUGGAUGGUACCACUCCCACCCCGGCUUCGGAUGCUGGCUAUCAUCCGUCGAUGUCAACACGCAGCAGUCCUUCGAGCAGCUGCACCCUCGCGCCGUGGCUGUCGUCAUUGACCCGAUCCAGUCCGUCCGCGGCAAGGUCGUCAUUGAUGCAUUCCGGAGCAUCAACCCCAAGGCCCUCAUGGCCGGGCAGGAGAGCCGACAGACGACGUCCAACAUCGGCCACCUCAACAAGCCGUCCAUCCAGGCGCUUAUACAUGGUCUGAACCGUCACUACUACUCGCUUGCCAUCGAGUACCGCAAAACCGAGGCGGAGCAGGGCAUGUUGCUCAACCUCCACAAGCGCGGAUGGACUGAGGGGCUCAAGCUGGACAACUUUGAGACGCAGGAGGAGAACAACGAGAAGUCGGCGCAGCUCAUGCUCAAGCUCGCUCAGACGUACACCAAGAGUGUGCAGGAGGAGGCGACGCUUACGCCUGAGCAGCUCAAGACACGCCACGUCGGAAAGCUCGACCCGAAGCGCCACCUUGAGGAGGCAGUCGAGAAGAAUCUCGGCGACCAGGUCACCCAGAGCUUGGCAAUGGGCGUGCUUGCUGAGCUUUAG